GAUUUAUAUACCGUAAAAGUUUUAAUAAUUCGGGUGCGUGUUUAUAUUUGACACACAAACUAUUGAAAUAUCAGUUAAUUGUUAGUUUUUGUGGGUGAUAUUGUAACUGAGAUUGAGACGCGUAGACGGGGACGAUGCAGAAAAUUAUAGAAUCUGAAUCUGGCAAAGAGUCCGGAUCAGAUUCCGACAAUGAAAGUAAGAGUGACAGCAGUUCAUCGGCAAGUAAUUCCAAUUCCGAUGGUUCUGGUAGCGACAGUGACUCUAGCUCGUCGAGUGCCUCGGGUUCAGCAUCAGCUUCUGAAUCAGUCAAGUCAGAUAAAUCGGAUGCACCUGCACAAAGCGAUAGUUUCCAGAGCAAAAGCUCAAAUCACAGCACCGAAACUAAACACAGGCAUAAGGACACUAGUCGUGAGUGGGAUGAGAAUCCAGAUAUCUAUGGAAUUAGGCGUUCAGGCAGGUCAAGGAAGGAGCCAGAGAGGCUCACAGCACCUCGAGAGAGCGACAGCGAGGGUCGCAAGAAGCAUAAAAAGAAAAGUUCUCAAAAUUCGUGGAAUUCCGAAAGCUCGGAUUCGGAAUCGGAGGAUUUUGAUUCACGAAGAGCACCACCACCUAGUAAAUCAAUAAAUCGGCGUGCAGCCCAAAAGGCUAAAGAAAAUGCAAGGUCCAGGAAAAAACGUGUCUCCGAGUCAUCGGAAAAUUCGUCUUACGACAGCGAUGAUAAUCGAAGACAAGUGACAAGACGAGCUGGUACAUCCGUCAGUUAUAAAGAGCAGAGUGACGAAGGUACAGAUAGUGAGGAUCUCGUUGAAGUCGAUGAAGCUACAUCAACAUCACAGGCUGAACCCGACAAUGCCGAGACAAUUGAACGCAUAAUAUCUCAGCGGCGGGGUAAAAAAGGAGUGACCGGUAACGUAACAACAGUCUAUGCAGUGGAAGAGAAUGGUGAUCCAAAUCCAAAAGAAUUGAGUAAAGAUGAGAGUGAAACUCAGUACCUGAUUAAGUGGAAAGGUUGGUCACAUAUCCACAACACAUGGGAAUCCGAGGAUUCAUUGAAGGCGCAGAAGGUGAAGGGUAUGAAGAAAUUGGAUAAUUUCAUAAAACGAGAGAGAGAAAUAAAGCAAUGGCGUGAUUUUGCCGGACCUGAGGAUAUUGAUUACUACGAAUGUCAACUUGAGCUCCAACAGGAGCUCUUGAAGAGUUACAACAAUGUAGAGAGAAUAAUUGCCGAGUAUCGUAAGCCAGAUUCUAAUCAUCCAGAUUAUUACUGCAAAUGGGAGAGUUUGCCAUACGCAGAAUCCACGUGGGAAGAUGGAGCCCUUAUAAUAAAAAAAUGGCCACAAAAAAUUAAAGAAUUUCGAGAUAGAGAGGAUUCUAAACAGACUCCCAGUAAACACUGCAAGGUCUUAAAGUAUCGGCCCAAGUUUCAUCAACUCAAGGGACAGCCAGAGUACAUGGGCAAGGGAAAGGAAUUAAUCCUCAGGGAUUAUCAAAUGGAUGGUCUCAACUGGAUGAUACACUCUUGGUGCAAAGAAAAUAGUGUCAUACUGGCUGAUGAAAUGGGACUGGGUAAAACAAUUCAAACGAUAUGCUUCCUAUAUUAUCUAUUUCAUACUCAGCAACUGUAUGGACCAUUUCUAUUGGUUGUACCACUGUCAACAAUGACCUCUUGGCAGAGAGAAAUGGCCCAGUGGGCACCAGACAUGAAUUUUGUGACUUAUUUGGGUGAUGUUACGUCUCGUAAUGUUAUUCGUGAAUACGAAUGGUCAUAUCCAUCUAAACGACUAAAGUUCAAUGCUAUUCUCACAACUUAUGAGAUUGUAUUGAAGGACAAAUUGUUUCUUGGGGUUCUCAAUUGGGCAGCUCUUCUUGUCGACGAGGCUCACAGAUUGAAAAACGAUGAUUCAUUGCUGUACAAAGCACUGGCUGAAUUCAGUACCAAUCAUCGUUUGUUGAUAACUGGCACACCAUUGCAAAAUAGUUUGAAGGAAUUGUGGGCCCUCUUGCAUUUUAUUAUGCCCCAUAAAUUCACUACAUGGGAGGAGUUCGAGAAGGAACAUGAUAAUGCAGCACAAAAGGGUUAUUCCAAGCUUCAUAAACAAUUAGAGCCAUUCAUUCUUAGACGAGUGAAGAAAGAUGUUGAAAAAAGUUUGCCAGCUAAAGUCGAGCAAAUUCUUCGUGUGGAAAUGACAUCGUUGCAGAAGCAAUACUAUAAAUGGAUUUUGACAAAGAAUUAUAAUGCUUUGAGGAAAGGUGUCAAAGGGUCUACUAUGACAUUCAUAAAUAUUGUCAUUGAAUUGAAGAAAUGUUGUAAUCAUGCCUUCCUAACCAAGCCCAUGGAGGGGGAUAGGAAGGAUUCGAAUGAGGAUUACUUGCAGCAGCUAAUAAGGGGCUCAGGGAAGUUGGUACUGCUCGAUAAACUUCUCGUUCGACUUCGUGAGACUGGCCACAGAGUAUUAAUAUUCAGUCAAAUGGUGAGGAUGCUUGAUAUUCUUGGUGAAUACCUUCAGAAGCGACAUUUUCCUUUUCAACGACUCGAUGGAAGUAUCAAAGGGGAGCUUCGUAAGCAGGCACUCGAUCACUUCAAUGCUGAAGGCUCUACAGACUUUUGUUUUCUCCUUUCAACGCGAGCUGGUGGACUUGGAAUAAACCUGGCAACUGCUGAUACUGUGAUAAUAUUCGAUUCAGAUUGGAAUCCACAGAAUGAUUUGCAAGCACAAGCGCGAGCACACAGAAUUGGGCAGAAAAAUCAAGUGAACAUCUACAGAUUAGUCACCAAAAAUUCUGUGGAGGAGGAGAUCGUUGAAAGAGCUAAGCAGAAAAUGGUUCUUGAUCAUCUUGUUAUCCAGAGAAUGGACACAACUGGUAGAACUGUUUUGGACAAGAAAGGUGCGUCGGGCUCCAAUAAUAAUCCAUUCAACAAGGAAGAUCUCAGUGCUAUCUUGAAAUUUGGAGCUGAGGAUUUAUUCAAGGACGAGGAGGAUGGGGAUGAGGAACCGACCUGUGAUAUCGAUGAAAUUCUACGUAGAGCUGAAACAAGGGAUGAGGCACCGGCCACAGUUGGUGAUGAAUUGCUUUCAGCCUUUAAAGUAGCAAGUUUUGCUGCAUUUGAAGAAGAAUCAGAGCCUCUGAAGUUAGCUAAUGAGAAUGAUGAUGAAAGUAAGGAUUGGGCGGAGAUAAUUCCAGAGAAUUUUCGAAAGAAAGUUGAGGAGCAGGAGAAAUCCAAGGAGAUGGAGGAUCUUUACUUGCCCCCACGAAGUAGAAAAACAUUGCAACAGAUCAAUCAAGGGGAGGGGAGAGGAAGGAAACGUAGAAAAGCUCAGUCGGAUGACAGUGAGGAGGGAGAAGACUCUGGAAGUGGUGAUGGCGAGGGAACCGACGAGGAGAGACCGAAGAAACGCGGGAGACCUCGUAUGGUACCUAGAGAAUCAAUCAAAAGUUUCACUGACGUUGAAAUACGCAAGUUCAUUAAGAGUUACAAGAAGUUUCCAGCACCACUCAAGAGAUUGGACGAUAUUGCUGCUGAUGCUGAGCUCCAGGAGAAACCCAUGACAGAAUUACGUUAUCUCGGUGAACAAUUGAAGUCUAGGUGUGAUACAUGCAUAAUAGAAUUCGAGACAACAGCUAAAGAGAAUAAAACUGGUGAAGAGGAACCGAAAAAAGAGGGAAAAGGCCGAAAACGAGGUAGGGGACCUACCUUCAAAAUGGCUGGAGUUAUGGUCAAUGCUAAGUCUCUUUCAGCUGCUGAAAAGGAACUUGAACCCCUCGACCAAAUGCUUCCAGCUGAUGCUGAACAAAGGGCCAAUUGGCACUUUGAUGUCAAACUGAAACCAGCUAAUUUUGACUGUGAUUGGACGUCAGAGGACGAUUCAAGACUUCUCAGGGGCAUUUACAGUCAUGGUAUGGGUUGUUGGGAGGCUAUCAAGAUGGAUCCAAGCUUGAAACUCUCUGAUAAAAUACUGCCAAAUGAAAGUAAACCCCAGAUUAAGCAAUUAAAUGCAAGAGCUGAGUAUCUUCUUAAAAUACUCAAAAGACAAAUGGAUUCAAAACUCGGGGUCACCAGAAUGAGAAAGCCCAGGAAACCUAAAGAAUCUAAAAUUGCACUCACAAAGGAGAUAAUUGAGGAAAAUGACAGUUCAGCAGAUGAAAACAAAAAGCCAAAAUCUAAAAUUGAUAAGCAAGUUGUUACCAAGAAAGAAGAAGAGGUAUCCAUAAAGAAAGAAAUUAAGGAGGAGAGCGAGGGACUUAUCAUUGUAGACGAUAAGAAGAAGGAGAAGAAGUUGAAGAAGGAGAAAAAAGAAACCAAGAAGGGAAAGAAAAAACAAGCAGUUGGACCUAUGCAUUUCACAGCAAAUAAUGAGCCUCGAGCUCUCGAUGUACUUGGGGAUUUGGAUCCAUCCAUAUUCAAUGAGUGCAAAGAGAAAAUGCGACCAGUUAAGAAAGCACUCAAGGCACUCGAUAGACCAGAUCAAACUCUGAGUGAAACUGAGCAACUAGCUCAUACAAGAGCAUGUCUCGUUCAAAUUGGCGAUCAAAUUAAUACUUGCCUCUCGGAGUACAAGGACCAAGAGCAGAUUAAAGAGUGGCGAAGUAAUUUAUGGUAUUUUGUGUCAAAAUUCACUGAAUUUGACGCGAAAAAACUCUACAAACUCUACAAGCAUGCCACUAAAUCGAGAGGCGAUAGAGAUGUUGAUGUAAGUGUGGCAUCAACUCCUGAGAAGAAAGAGGACAAUAAGAGGCACUCUGACAAGCAUGACAAACAACCGAGCGAGAGUAAAGAAGUAAAAUCAAUUAAACGAAAAGUUGACGACGUAGAGGAGAAUUCUAACAGCAGUAUUCCCAGUAAAAAGCAUUCAGUUAAUUCCACGGCGAAUUACAAUUCCCCCAUCGCAUCUGGUGGCCCGACUGUGCCCACACAACUCCCAAAUCCCUCAACAAACUUGGCUAAUAGCGAUAUGAGGCACAAGGAACCAAAGGAUUUGAAACACAAGGACACAAUGAAGCGAGACAGGGAGAGAGACAGAGACAGGGAUAGAAAUCAUGAUAGACUGGGUAAUGCUCCUGUGAAGGACGAGAGAGUACGGAGAGACAGUGGAGGUUAUGGGGUUGGUGGACACUACAGUGGAGGUAGAGAUGAUGAUCAUUGGCCACUGCCACGAGAUGGACGAGAUCCACGAGAAGCCAGAUUUGGAGAUCACAAACGGGAUAGAUUUGAAUCUUAUGGAAGAAUGCCUGGGGGAUAUCAUCGAGACAGGGAGAGAGAUAGAGACAGGGAUCGCGAGAGAAUGCACAUCAGCGACAAACGCAGUGACUAUUAUAGGUAUCCAUCUGGCCCAGCAGGCGGCUAUGGCUACGGUGGACCAGGAGUUCCUGGUUAUGGAGGUACUAGUAGUGCUAAUUAUCCCCCCACUGAUGUGCCGUCGAAUCACUUUCGUGGCCGAGGCUACACUGGUGAUGGUUAUCCAAACGAUUGGCGAUCCAAUAAAGACUACAGAAGAGAGUAUGAGAGAAGGCCACCUCCAAAUGGCAACUCCUAGUGCACCUUUCUUGCCACCGUCCUCGAGUGUGUCGUUGCUCGACUCUAGGUUUAUUCCUAAUAAUCGGAAAACAACUCUUCCCUCUCUUUUAUCUGUGGACUAUUAAUCUAACUAUCGUUUUAACCCCAACAGUGUACGAGAUUCUUUGCUAUUCGAAAUUCUCUUUUUUUUUAAUAUCGUGAACGUGCCAAUAAUCAUUUCGGUUUUAUGUGCAAUUAUGUAUACAACACUUUAACAUUCAAUUUUCGAUCAAUGCUGUACAGAAUAUUAGGCCGAUUGUGUCUACGUAAACGCCUUCCUUCGUAUUGAUCCUUUGUCCAACGCAUGACCAUUCAAUUUUUUUUUUUAAUUUUUAAAUCAUUUUUUGUUAAACACUCGAUUAUGUACAUUCAACUCACGUGCUGUACAGCACAUGUACAUAUUACUUUCUUAACGUGUAACGUGUAACAUUAUGAAAAAAAAUAUAUAUGCAAAAAAUACUGGAAAUGUGAAUGCGGGUGCACACGUGUGCCUGAAUGAAUAUAUUUUUUAUUUAGUUCACAUAAACUGAUGCAUAUUACUAGUUUAGCAUGGGACACUCAAAUUCUCUAUCGUGGUUUGGUAAUAUAGAGAUGUGAACGGCUCCAAUGAUUGGCAUUCAUUGAAUAAAGAAGAAAAAGUUCAUCUCAUUUUUCAUGUUAUGCAAUUCAAAAUUAAAUUAUAGCAUUCAGCAUUUAAGCAGAGAAUCAUUGAAUUGUCAUUAAUUGGUACGCACAUAUCGAUUUGCUACACAAUCUCUACCUUUUUUCAUAUCCAUGCGAUUAUGUGACGACGAUAAAAGAUUAAUGAUCCGAUCUAAUACAAAGCUGGUACUGGUUCUUGAGAGUAAUUAAUGCAGUAAUUUAAUUCCCUUAUUUUCAUUGCCACUUUAGUGUGCAUUUGUGUAUAUAAUAAAAAUAUAUUGAUUAAUUGCGGUAAUUAAGUGAAAGAAUCACUGGCAUGAGAGGAUUUAUUGUCCAAGUAUUGAGAUUUAAUGCUGACCAUGAAGAAGAGGGCCUCGAAUUAUAAUUUUCUUUUCUAAUGUUUUGCGGUAUGAACGUCGAUUGUUCAAAAUGACCAUAGUGAGUUUAUAAUUUAUUACUAGCCAAUCGUAAAUCAUGGAUAAUGUUGACGUGAAAAAAAUGAUUGCAGAAAAUCAAUUGAGAUGAAGGAAGAGGUAACUGUAAAUAGUAAUUGGUAAAAUUUAUAAGUUAAGGUGGUCAAUGAGAAGUAAUUUAGUUGAAUAGUCGAACGAUGAGCAUAUUGUACCAUUAAAAACAUAAGUCGCAUAACUACAAUGUAUUACUGUAUUUUAUCAAACUCCAAUGUAGAAUAUUUCUGGAAAUAUACAAAGUAAAUGAAUUUUCA